CCCAAGGGGUGGUUCCCUGUCCCGGGGGCAGUGCCAGCGCCGGGCACAGUGCCCGUGUGCUCAGGGCUGUGCCAGGGCCCCCGCUGGGACACGCCGGGUUCCCAGGGGCUGUGCCAGCUCCGGGGGGUGCCGGUGUCCCGGGGGGUGCGGUGCUGGCGGUGCUCACACCAGGGUGUGCGGCGGCACCGCACCACGGUCCCGCGGCCGUGCCAGGGGAGGUGGCUGGUCCCUGGGACGGGCUGGUGCCGGCAGAUAGGGCGGCCGCGGGGGGGUCCCCGUGCGGCGGGGGGGACCGAGCCGCUAUCGGGGCCCGGCAGCCCCGGGGGGGGCCAUGGGUGCUCCCAGCAGAUUAGUGGGGUCUGUGCCGGUGCGGGCGUGCGGUGUGGGUCUGAGCUCGGCGGCGGCGACUGUGACAGCGGGAAGGCCUGGCCUUGUGCAGGCGCGGCAGGUCCGCGGUGCCGGCGCCAUGGCGGGGGGCAGCGCGGGGCUGCCCAAGCGCCUGGGGACGCUGCUCUCGGGGCUGCUGGAGUGCGGUGCCUUCUGCGGCCUCAUCUUCGGCUGGGCCUCCCUCGUCUUCGUCCUCAAGGACCUGCAGUACUUCAAGGAGUGGUGCCAGCCCGCUGGCCCCAAUGGCACUGAGCAGCUCGACUGCAGCCGCCAGGAUGAGCAGUUCUCCCUGGUCUUCACCAUCGGCUCCUUCAUGAACAACUUCAUGACCUUCCCCAUGGGCUUCAUCUUUGACCGCUUCGGCACCACCGUUGCUCGCCUCAUUGCCAUGGCUGUCGGUGCUGCUCUUCCCGGCCAUGUCCAUGCUGUCGGUGGGCGGCAUCCUCCUCAUCCUCACCAACAUGCAGGUGGGCAAUCUCUUUGGGAAGUACCGCUCCAUCAUCAUCACCCUCUACAAUGGGGCCUUCGACUCCUCAUCUGCCAUCUUCCUCAUCAUCAAGGUGCUGUAUGGGCACGGGCUGUCCCUGCGGACCAUGUUCCUCUUCAUGGCGGCCUGCAGCGCCUGGCACCUGCUGCGCACCCUCUUCCUCAUGCCCCGCACCCGAAUCCCCUACCCGCUGCCCCCCGCCUAUAACUACGGGCUGCGCUGCCCAGGCCGGUCUCGUUCCUACCGCACCUACGAGGAGAAGCGGCCGCCGGGGGAGGCGGGCCCCGAGGAGACGCCGCUGGAGCCGGUACAGCCCCGAGGUGAGGGGCGGG